AUGGCUGAUGAAAACAGUUGCAAGAAGCGGUUACGUAAUGACUCGUCCGAGUCAGAGAUUGAAUCGUCCGAGGCAAAGAAACUCAGAGACGAUUUACUCGAGUUCUUGAACGAUUCCGAUUCAGCUCCUUCGAUGCAAGAGCUUGAUUCUGUUAUGAAGAGCUUGCAGGAGGAGAUCUCUGCGUCUUCUUCUACUUCCGUUCGUGUGACGUCAGAUUCCGGUGAGUCUCAGGCUCAGAUCGGGUAUCUUCUAGAAGCUUCUGACGACGAACUCGGGCUUCCACCACCGGGUUAUCCUUCGGUUCAUGAAGUUGUUAAUGAAGAGAAAAAAGAUGAAACUGAUUUGGCUCGAGUUUUGUCUGACUCGUCCGGGAUCGGUGAGUUAUGGGAGUUUGAGAAUCGGAUCCCGAGUUAUGACUCGUUUGAUUUAGGAAACGGAUUUGGAGGUUUUGGUUAUGACUCGUUUGAUGGGAUUUUUAACCAUUCAGAUGUGUAUUAUGACUCGAACGAGUUUUCUGACUCGUGGCGGCACGGAACCUUGCCGGCACAAUAG